CAUCGAUUCAGGCCUAAAGAAGCCCUGUAUAGAAAGACAACUUACAGAUGGCACCAUCGAACCCGUUGGCUAAUUGGGAGAGGGUAGGGGAUAGAUUCUACAGGAAGGUUCGCGUGUACGACGCCGUCUUCGACGACGACAUCGAGUUAGAAAACUACAUCGUCGCUGGUGCCCCUUACGGUGGCGCUCUUGCACUGUAUCGUGACCAAAGCAAGCCCUUUCUGUAUAGGGACGCCCAGACUGCAAAGUCCAGCAUUGACAUUUACUCUUGUUCAGGAAAUUUGAUCAAUCGGAUUAACUGGGAACAUGGUGUCAUUCGGGGCCUUGGCUGGUCCGAUAAGGAGGAAUUGCUAGUUGUCACAGAAGAAGGCACUGUUCGCCGUUAUUUCGGAUUACAUGGUGACUUCACGUCGUUCUCGUUGGGAAAUGGGGCCGAAGAAUAUGGAGUGACGGCGUGUCGAUUUUGGACAUCUGGCUUCGUUGCAUUGCUUUCAAAUAAUCAGCUUGUUGCUGUUUCCAAGUAUGAUGAACCCAGGCCGAGGCUCCUAGCCCCUUCUCCUGAGGGACAGGUCUUUUCAUGGUCCUUGAUUCCCCCAGCUUAUACGCUUUCUCGCUCCGUGGAAGUCCUCCUAGCUGUCGACAAUACUAUAUAUUUGAUUGACCCUACAGAGACCGAGGACAAGUUGCUUCAGAACGGGCCCUUCAAGCAUGUCAGCGUCUCUCCCACUGGGCGCUUCGUGGCACUUUUUACUGGUGAUGGGAAGAUGUGGGUGGUGAGCAGCGAUUUUCAAAACAAGCUCAGUGAAUUUGAUUCGAAAGCUCGGACACCUCCGACCACCGUUGAAUGGUGUGGUGACGAUGCUGUUAUUCUUGCAUGGGAGGAUGAGAUACUCAUUGUUGGUCCUAAUGGGGCUGCUACCAGAUACUAUUAUGAUGGCCGGGUUCAUGUGCUUCCGGAGUUUGACGGUGUAAGGUUGAUUACGAACGACACCUAUGAGUUUCUACACAAUGUUGCGAACGUCACAGAAGAGAUCUUUAAGCUUGGAUCCACCUCACCAGCAUCUGUCCUACUGGAUUCAGUAGACCUAUUAGAAAAGAAGUCCCCUAAGGCGGAUGAAAAUAUCCAACGGAUUCGUCCUAGUCUACCCGAGGCGGUCGAUGCUUGUGUCCAGGCUGCCGGCCAGGAGUUUGAUACCUAUUGGCAGAAGCGGCUCCUGAAAGCAGCGUCAUUCGGAAAAUCAGUCCUGGAGCUUUAUAAUAGCGACGAGUUUGUCGAAAUGACCGAAAAGCUUCGGGUGCUGAAAGCAGUGAGAGACUAUAAAAUUGGAUUACCGAUUUCUUACGAACAAUAUCUACGGCUUACCCCGGCAAGACUUGUCGAGCGGCUAACUAAUCGAUAUGAGUAUUUACUCGCGAUUCGAAUUUCGGAUUACCUUCAAAUCCCGGCCGAUAAUAUAUACGUCCACUGGGCAAGCCAGAAGGUCAGAGUCUCCGCUGCUGACGACGAAGCCGUCUGCAAACUCAUCGUUCAAAGGCUGGAUGGGAAACCGGGAAUAUCGUUUGAAGCAAUUGCCCAGGCCGCGUACGACGAGGGACGAACACAUUUAGCCACACAAUUGCUAAAUCACGAACCUCGGGCUGGGAAACAGAUCCCGCUGUUGUUGGACAUGGAGGAAGAUGAAAUCGCCCUUGACAAGGCCAUUGAAAGUGGAGACGAUGAUCUGGUCUACUAUGUGCUUCUACAUCUGAAAAGCAAACUUCCCCUGGCGACCUUUUUCAGAACUAUCAAUAACCGCCCGAUGGCUUCUGCUCUCGUGGAAUCAUUGGCGAAAGAUGAGGACACGGAGCUACUGAAGGACCUAUACUACCAGGACGACCGGCCUAUUGAAGGUUCUGAUGUUCUAAUUUCGGAAGCUCUAGAAGAGACGGAGGUGCCGCGGAAGACUGAGAAGCUUAAUCUGUCAUCGCGCUUGCUGGCAGAUUCGAAGGACGCCACAGCUGUCUCUCAACUGAAAUUGAUCUCUGAAGUGACGCAACUGUUAAAACUCCAGGAAAGCUUGGAUAAGGACAUCGCAGAUCGGUCAGAGUUUGUAGGACUAAGUUUGAACGAAACGGUUUACCGGUUAAUCAGAUCUGGUUACGGGAAACGGGCGCAGAAACUGCAAAGUGAAUUCAAGAUGUCCGAGAAGACAUUCUGGUGGCUAAGGUUGAGGGCCUUGGUCGCCAAAAGGGACUGGGGGGAACUGGAAGAGAUAGGCAAGAACAAGAAGUCACCCAUAGGAUGGGAGGUAUGUAAAUCCCAAUUCCGACAUACAUCCACAAAUGGCUAGGAAGUCGCUCACAAAGAAAUGAUAAAUAGCCUUUCUAUAAUGAAGUAUUGGGCGCCGGAAACACAAAACUCGCCGCAAUGUUUGUCCCGAAAUGCACCGGCCAGCCUGUUGCCGACAGGAUCCAGAUGUGGGUGAAGUGCGGAAUGAUCGUGAAAGCCGGAGAAGAGGCUCUUAAGGCGAAAGACGUCAAUACCCUUGAGCUCCUUCGGGCGAGGGCUACAGGAUCAGCAAUCGCCGACAUUGAUCGGAUGAUCAACCACCUGAGGCCGACCAAAUAGCUUGCCAGGAACAACCCAUCUCUCUUUAUACCCGUAAUAAUCGCUUGUUUUCAAGUAAUUUCAUCCUCAACUUCAAUGUCUGCAUGUUGAUUUACCGCGAGAUUCUGAGCAGCCUGGUGUGAAGGAAUUGGCCCUAGCACCACCGGCUUUUUAUUUGACCCAGCUGCCAUAGUAUCAUCGGCCAUAGCAUCCUCGACAGCUACAUCAUCGUCAUGGUCGUCUUCAUCUCCAGUGUUCAUUUGAAGAGCUGCAAACAUGCUACCCGAUUUGCGGUUUAAAUCAUCCCAAUCGACCUGUGCAGAAAUGUUGUCAGAAUUGAUCCACGAGCGAAAGACCGCAGUAGAAGGCACGACAACUAAGACAUGCAGACUCACCCUACGGGAUUUAACUGUCUUUCCCCUGUUAACACUUUUGGCGAUUUUAAUUUCAAGCUGAUCCAUAACCAUCUCUGCUCUUUCCAUGCCUUUCUUCUGCCUUAGCUUUUGAGAUCUUGACUUCGGUUUUGCCUUUGCUUGCUUCUUGGAUACUCCUGCAUUUGCGCGAUCGGACAGGAGGGAAGGACGCUGGAUUUCAUUUUCCUCAACCCGGGGAGCAGAGGUUAAAGACUUGUCGAGGUCGAGACUUGGGGAGGCUGCCCGUCUGGCGGCGCGGGAAUGCAGUGACUUGGCUGGAGGAAGACAUUAAUAACAGAAGAGGUUCUGCAAUAUACAUAGAGGUACUUACAUGUAGUUUUUAAUUUCG